AUGACCGCGGCAUAUUCUAUGAUGCGACCGCGACGCGGUCUAUCGCUGCUGUGCAUCAUCGCGUGCCUCUUUUACAGCAUUAUUGUCGCCAUCUGGUAUGGUGUCAACUCCGAUCGCGAUUAUAUUCACCCUCUCCUCACCCAACUCAUCCCUGCUGGCCAUUGUGCCUGUCAAACCUCGACAACCUUCCAAUGCUCAACCUGUUUAACCUGCCCUGAACCCGCCCUCCAAUUACCCACCACCCCAACUUGGAAUUUCGAAUACCCCCGUGAUGCCCGCAACGACGCCUUAGAACAGACACAAUGCAAGGUCGCAUUCCCAGGACUCUUCGAGGAUGUUGCGCGCGGGAAGCGACAUUGGCGUUCUCAGGGGGGUCUCGUCACCGAGGACCUCGACGCCAUUCAACUUCGAUCCGGCAUGGCUCGUGCCUUCAUCUCUCAGGGCAACCUCCAUGUUGUCGCCGCGCGAUCCAUGGGUGAUGACCACCGAAAAAAGAUUCUGGGAGUGUUGAGUUCGAUUCACCGCGCGCUGGUCGCUGACCGGGAUCGGGCCGACCAGCGUGACAUCGAAUUCGUCUUUUCCGUGGAGGAUAAAGUCGAGGAUGUGACCAACUCCGAACGCCCUGUUUGGGUCUUUGCUCGCACUCCCACCGAGGAAGGGGUCUGGCUCAUGCCGGAUUUCAGCUUCUGGGCCUGGGAUAACCCGACCAAUUACAUCGGACCUUACGACCAAGUCGUCGAUCGUAUCCAGCGACUUGAUGUCCCCUGGAAUGAGAAGAAACCCCAACUUGUCUGGCGUGGAAAGCCCAGCUUUUCUCCGAAAUUGCGCCGGGCCCUGAUCGAGGCCGCCCGGGAUAAGCCAUGGGGUGACGUGAAGCAGGUCCAAUGGUCCACGGGGGCCAACGUGCUCAAAAUGGAGGACCACUGUCGUUAUAUGUUUAUUGCCCACGUCGAAGGACGUUCGUAUUCCGCAUCCCUGAAAUACCGACAGGCCUGCAAUUCCGUGAUUGUGGCACAUAAACUCCAAUACAUCCAGCACCACCAUUACCUCCUGGUCUCCGAAGGGCCCCAACAAAAUUAUGUCGAGGUCGAGCGUGACUUCAGCGAUUUGGCCGAGAAAAUCGAGCCGCUCGUGGAAAACACCUCCGCCGCCGCACGCAUCGCCCGGAACAGUGUCAAAACAUUUCGCGAGCGAUACCUGACCCCGGCCGCCGAAGCGUGCUACUGGCGACAAUUGUUCGAUGGAUAUAGCAGUGUUUGGAAUAGCACUGUCAACCCUUGGUCCAUCCGCCACGGCAGAGAGCGUGGCUUACGAUACGAGUCCUUUUUGCUCCUAGAAAGUCCACAGCAGCUCGAGUUCCGAGCCGAAACCUUUUCAGGCUAUUUCUCAUAA